GAAAUGAGGUCCCCGCUAGGAGUCAAUCUUGCGUGAAGAAAAAGUCUCGCUGAGAGUGAGAGGUCGCACUGAUCUCAUGGGACUGUACGUCCAUAGGGUAGCAAUAAGCAUUCACGCACGAGGAAGUGGAGGGAGCUCAUAUAGUUGCUGCUAGCGACAACCUUUUGCUUAUCGUGCAGCCAGCCAAAGCGAAAUUCCCAUUAGAAUUCGUUUUUCCCCUUACCUAACAGUCAAAAAAGUUCCCAAAUUCUUGCAGUUACGCUCUCCUACCAGUAAAACCUCAUCUUCUUCUUCAUUUCCCUCCUAUAAAAAUUCUCUCUCUCUGAAUCACAGUCCAUCGCACUGACCCUUGCGACGCCAUGUCCGUCGACAUUUGGGUGGUGCCCUUUGUCGGCCAAGGCCAUCUUCUCCCCACCAUUGAGCUAUGCAAACACCUUGUUUCGAGAAAUGUCAAGGUCACUCUCGUCAUUUCCUCCAACUUCUCAUCAUUCCUUCCCUCUUCUCUCCACCAAUACCCUCUGCUUCACAUCGCAGAAGUUCCGGCCGCCCCGAUCCCUCCGCCAGAACCGGGUCCGCACCCAUUUCACUCCAUGCACAAAAUUCAAGAAUACUAUCUUCAACAGCUUCAAAACCUUCUCUCUACCCAACUUGAUAACUCAGCAAGACCCGUCGUCGCCAUCGUCGAUGUCAUGAUGAGUUGGACUAUCGAGGUUUUCAACAAAUUCCGAGUGCCAAGGGUGGCGUUCUUCACUUCCGGCGCCUGCUCGGCUGCCUUGGAGCAUGCAAUAUGGAAAGUCCACCCGGAAGACCUAAAACCCCACGAGAUCCGAUUACUUCCCGGGCUACCCGAAGAAAUGGCUGUAACACUUUCGGAUCUUCAACAGGGACCUCACGGCCCGCCACCGCCACCGCCAGGUGGCGGCGCUUCUUUUCCUCCCCCUCCCGGUGGACCAGCACACAUGGGACCACCCCCUCCCGGAGGACCAGGACCCAUGGGACCGCCGCCUCCCGGUGGACCAGGACCCAUGGGACCGCCCCUUCCCGGCGGACAACCACCGUGGUUGGAAGAAGUCCGCGAAGCCAUCGCAUUGCUGUUCAACACGUGCACCGAUCUAGAGGCUCCUUUCAUCGACUACGUCGCGAACCAAAUCGGAAAACCGGUCUGGGGGAUCGGUCCGCUUCUCCCCGAACAAUAUUGGAAAUCGGCCGGCUCCAUCCUCCAUGACCGGGAAGUUCGAACGAACCGCCGAUCCAGCGUCACGGAAGAUGAAGUGAUCCAAUGGUUGGAUUCAAAGCCACGAGGCUCUAUACUGUACGUGGCAUUUGGAACCGAGGUAGGUCCCACAAUGGAGGAGUACGCACUGCUAGCUGAAGCUUUGGAGUCAUCGGAUCAACCAUUUAUAUGGGUCCUCCAACCCGGGGCGGGCAGGAUGGGUCCUCCUCCAGGAGUAGUGGAAGGGGAACCCGGGUCGGAUGAACACGAACCAGAAGGGUAUUUUCCACAUGGGUUGGAUAGUCGGGUCGGACAAAGGGGCUUGAUAAUACGCGGGUGGGCUCCGCAGCUGUUGAUACUGAGUCACCCAUCAACGGGUGGGUUCUUAUCUCACUGUGGGUGGAACUCUACAGUGGAGGCGCUAGGGCGUGGGGUUCCCAUUUUGGCAUGGCCCAUAAGGGGCGACCAACACCAUGAUGCCAAGUUGGUAGUGCAGCAUCUUAAGGUGGGGUACAAAGUGUCUGAUAAUCUGGCAGAGGUGAAGAAGGAUGAUAUAGUGAAGGGGAUAAAGAGGUUGAUGGGUGAUAAAGAAAUUAAGAGGAGGGCUGAGACUCUGAGCGAUAAGUUUCAGCAUGGGUUCCCAACUAGUUCUGUGGCCGCUUUAGAUGCUUUCAAAGACUAUGUGAGCCAGAAAUUGCUCUAGGCACUUUGCCUCUGUGCGCGUGUUGAGUUGACUUCGAUCAACUCUUAUGGGUAAAUUUCUUAUAUUUUUGUCUGGCAAAAAUUAGGAUUUUUGUAACGAAGACAUGGCCAGAACAGCACAUGAAAUUUACAAAUUAAAUUAUCCAUC